AGCCGAUUAGAUAAUGAAACGCAACCCGUGUGUCUUUCAGUGUAGCGCACGUAUUCCUGCAUACGCUCUCUAACACUCUGUAAAGUGUUGUUUUUGCCUUACUUUUAGGUUCAAACGUCAAUAUUUGUGUAAUAAAUAAAUAUCAAUACUCAUAAAGAGUUCUUAAUUUCUCUGGCGGAUUUGUGGCGGGGGCAGCUGAGAGGACGAACAUGUCGGGAAAGAGUUUUCGCGUUAGCGACGGAGACUGGAUUUGUUCUGAUAAAAAGUGUGGAAAUGUCAACUUUGCCAGAAGAACGAGUUGUAACCGAUGUGGCAGGGAUAAGACAACUGAAGUAAAGAUGAUGAAAGCAGGGGGAACCGAGAUUGGAAAGACCCUGGCUGAGAAGAGCAAAGGUCUCUUCAGUGCCAACGAUUGGCAGUGCAAAACUUGUGGCAAUGUAAACUGGGCCAGAAGAUCAGAGUGCAACAUGUGUAACACCCCUAAAUAUGCCAAACUGGAGGAAAGGACAGGAUAUGGUGGAGGGUUCAAUGAGAGAGAGAAUUUAGUUUACAAUGAGCGAGAGGAGUCCGAUGGCGAGUAUGAUGAGUUUGGGCGCAUAAAAAAGAAGUUUCGUGGAAAAAGCAAGCAGGACAGUGACAAGAAAGAGGAACCAAAAAAAAAUGUUGUCGAUGAAGACGAAGAAGAAGAGGAUGACGAUGAAGAAGGAGAUCUUUCAAAAUACAAACUUGAUGAUGAUGAAGAUGAUGAAGAUGAGGCAGAUUUGUCCAAGUAUGAUUUGGAUGCUAGUGAAGAAAAGAAAGGGAGUCGCUCCGGCUCCUCGCGGUCAUCAUCUCGCUCGUCCAGUUCAAGUUCCCGGUCUAGGUCCAGGAGCUCAUCCAGUUCCAGAUCUCGUUCUCGCUCCAGGUCCAAUUCCAGAUCCAGCUCCAGAUCAGGAAAGGGCUCGGUUUCCUCAAAGAAGAGAUCUCGCUCCCCUUCAUCAUCGCCUGAGGGAGGCCAGAAAAGGAGUCGCUCCAGGUCCUCCUCUGGUGGCCGCAAAAAAAGACGCUCACGAUCGCACUCGUCUGAAAGGCGCAGAGGCUCAUCUGGAUCUUCCCACUCUGGCUCAAGCUCAAAACAGAAAUGAUUAACAAAAGAAACAAAUCUUUCUAAAACUGCAUGGUUUUUUUUUUUUUUUUUUGCAACUACCCAACUGUUUGAAUUCACAUUGAUUUCUAUGGAAACAAAUACUAGCGCAUCUGUUCACAUAACCUCUUAAAAGUUCUCUGACUUUUUUUUUUUAAACCUCUAGCCAAAUCUCUAAACAGUAUAACUCAAGAUGUAAAGUCUUUAGUGUCAGUGGGUUUAUAGAAAAAUAACAUCAAGUCUGUGACUAUAAAUGGUGCAUAUCUUCUGAACAUCAACCAUUUUGUGGGAAAUUAUGCAAAUUAUAUUACUACAGUAGUUUUAUUCAACCAUUGUCAUCAGAAUAACCAAUUCAUUAUCAAACCAUUUAUGCUGAUUUCAGAAGUGCCCAGAUGCUGGUUUUAUAGUUCUUUUAUAUGAACUGUUGAUGGCUUAAACAUUACUUAAUCAACAAUGCCAGCGUAUUAUAGAGCGCUUUUCCUCUGAGGCAUAACAUUGCCUUGUCUAAUUGUGUGCGUUAAAGGUAAGUAUGUUUUUCUAUACUUGUAGAGAUUUGUUUUCUUUUUUUGUGUGUGUGUAAUAAACUUUAAUUUUAUGAUCUAUCAUUUGUGGAACUAAGAAACUGUAGAUGACUCAAAUGACUGAUAGCAUAAAUUACUGGAUUGUUUAUUUUUUUCUUCUGUGGAUCAAAUUUGGAAUAUGUGAAAUAAUCACCCUCCCUCUUCCAACAUACAAAAUAAGAAAAUGUUUUACUGUUCAUUAAAAUUACAUAAGUGUAACCAACAUGAAUAAACACUUGUUAAUCUGAAA